CGCCGCGGGGCGGGGCAGGUCUGCGCCCUGGUCGGACCGCGCGUGUUCUCGAGCGUGGUGGUGGGUAAGUGCGCGGCUCUGGGCGACUACUGUCGCGCGGGCUGGAAGCCGAGCCGGACCUCCUGAAGAAGGAAACAGAAACAAACAAGGAAGAUGUCUAAGCAACAACCAACUCAGUUUAUAAAUCCAGAAACUCCUGGCUAUGUUGGAUUUGCAAAUCUUCCCAAUCAAGUUCACCGAAAGUCAGUGAAAAAAGGGUUCGAAUUCACACUGAUGGUGGUUGGUGAAUCCGGUCUAGGAAAAUCGACUCUCAUAAACAGCCUAUUCCUGACUGAUCUCUACCCAGAAAGAAUUAUACCUGGAGCUGCAGAGAAAAUUGAAAGAACUGUCCAAAUUGAAGCUUCAACCGUUGAGAUUGAAGAGCGAGGGGUCAAGCUGCGCCUUACAGUAGUGGACACACCUGGCUAUGGGGAUGCCAUCAACUGUAGGGAUUGUUUUAAGACGAUUAUCUCCUAUAUCGAUGAGCAGUUUGAGCGCUACCUCCAUGAUGAGAGUGGACUGAACAGGAGGCACAUCGUUGACAACAGAGUGCACUGCUGCUUCUAUUUCAUUUCACCCUUUGGACAUGGGCUGAAGCCCUUGGAUGUUGCAUUUAUGAAAGCAAUUCACAAUAAGGUGAAUAUUGUGCCUGUCAUUGCAAAAGCAGAUACUCUCACACUGAAGGAACGGGAGAGGCUGAAGAAAAGGAUUUUGGAUGAAAUUGAAGAGCAUAAUAUCAAAAUCUAUCACUUACCUGAUGCAGAAUCAGAUGAAGAUGAAGAUUUUAAAGAGCAAACUAGACUCCUCAAGGCCAGUAUUCCAUUCUCCGUGGUUGGAUCCAAUCAGUUGAUAGAGGCCAAAGGCAAGAAAGUCAGAGGUCGUCUCUACCCGUGGGGUGUUGUGGAGGUGGAGAACCCAGAGCACAAUGACUUUCUGAAGCUGAGAACAAUGCUCAUCACUCACAUGCAGGACCUCCAGGAAGUGACCCAGGAUCUUCACUAUGAAAACUUCCGUUCUGAGAGGCUGAAGAGAGGCGGCAGGAAAGUGGAGAACGAAGACAUGAAUAAAGACCAGAUCUUGCUAGAAAAGGAGGCUGAGCUACGCCGCAUGCAGGAGAUGAUCGCAAGGAUGCAGGCGCAGAUGCAGAUGCAGAUGCAGGGUGGUGACAGUGACAGUGGGACUCUUGGACACCACGUGUGAGAAAACGUGGAUAAAAAGAAAACAUUCCUGACGAGUGCUACAACUUCAAAUUUCUUAAGGCCCUUUUAAAUCUUUGCUCCAAAUUCAUGUACCUGUGCCGGAAGAUUCCAUUUGUUUUUAAACUUUCGAUGUUUUUCUUUUGUAUGAAGUACUUUGACAUUUGUAUUUCAUGGCUUUGUUACGGUUUAUAUUUUGCAAGGUAAACUCUCAUUUUUUUAUUCUCCUUAACCACUGAUGUUAGAAUUUAUUUGUAAGAGUCAGUCACCUUAUAUACUUAAUAGUGAAUUUCUUUGACUUCAUUGGCCUGACUAACUGAUCAUUCAUGAGCACUCUUGGUUCAUAUCUAGGACAUUUCAGUUUGCUUAGAAUGCUCCUCUGUGGUAGACAUGUACCUUUGACAAAAAGACUGCAAACUUGGUGACACAAGAUACUUGUUUAUUAUAACAAAGUCACAGUGUUUGGACACUUUUAACUUUAUAGUUGUGCAGAACACCUAAAACCAAUUUUGCUGCUAUAGUUAACACAGUUAACUCAUCUGCACAUUUAUCUGUUAACCAGGUAGAACAGAGGAGAAUUAUCUGAUGAGAUCAUUUUUAUACCUAAUAGCUUUUAAAAAGGAGGCUUUCAGGGUUGAAUUUUAAGAUCUCUGGAUUCUGAUGCUAGAUCACUUUCAGACCUGUUUAGAACUUGCCACAAGGACUUUGACAGUUUGGAUGCUGAUUAUGCUGUGCUGAAAAUCAAAGCAGCUGUGAACUCCAGCUUCACAGUAAGAGUUAAUAAACUACUUUUAUUCAACUAAAAGCAAUAAUUUUUUUAAGAAACCAAACUUUUUUAUACUGCACUUUAAUGUACUUUCUGUAACUGUAGGUGCAAACAAUCUGCCACUGCGGUGGCUAUUACAGUUGUAAGGUGGUAUGGUCCUGAGCACAGGCCUUUCACGUGGGUUGCACUCCUACACAAAGGCCGAAGCCCCACAAAACCCAAACGCCUGCGAGAUUUUCCUCUAAUUGUUCUCUUUGAGGGGAAGAUCUCGAGUGCUAACUUUUUACGUGCAGCCUGUCUCACUUGUUUCAUCCAUUGUGGUUGCCUUCAUCUGUAUAGUAUGAUUUUUUCAAGAAUAACAAGCACCGCCACACUGGCAUUCUGGACCCCUGCCCUGCUCUGCCUCUCCUGCCAUCAUGUUUCCUAAUGUCAGCUGGUGACCAUGGAAAGGGGCAAGUGAAGGGGAGUGGUAACCAGGAGGGUGUGCUCCUUUUGCUUUCAUUUUACUGCAGCACAGUGACCAAGCCGAAGAAGGUGCUUGAUUCAUGGUAAGACAAGGGUUCUGAGUAUUUUUUGUUUAGGCUAAAAAUAAUAGUACUAAUAAAAUGAAACUAAAAAUUAAUUAGUCAUAAAGAUGUACAGCAGAAAACAAUCUUACAUGUUGGCUCACUUUGCCCCUUCACUAUUGCAUUAUUGUGAAUGAUCAGAGGUUCAUCGUGUGAAGUUUACCAAGAAAAGUGCUCAUGACUUUGAGUCUGCCUAUGUGGUCAUUUAGCCAGGAUAUUUUGAUACUAACUUUGUUGAAGAAAGCUGGUUUUAAAAACAAAAAGGCAUUUCCAAGAACUCAGCAUAAGCCCCAUGUAUGUUGAGUUAAAGGUACUACUUAGGGCCAGCUGCCAUCUGAGGAUGCCAGUAUUCUCCAGGAGUUCUUGAAGCCACAGUUCUAAAUCCCCUUCAGUUUACUGCCCUACUCUGAACACUCUUGCUAAUAAAUAAUUGUUCUUUCAGUAAGAUAUAACCUGUACCUCUAGAAAUGUAUUUUGAAAACACUUAUUUUACACAAGUGUAUCCAUUUAAACUAACCCCUUUUCAAUAAAGCACUAUUGUUUAGAUAUUAAA